AUUCGGGCUUUCGUGGGACGAGCAGUGAGUGCAGAGACUGAAGUAGCGUGACAGAACAAUCCAAAGCCGACAAAUAUGAGUUCAGGUGGUGCAUUUGGUGGAGCCAGGGGUGCAAGGCCAGUGCCACCGGAAAAAGGAAUAUUCCCUUUGGAUCGCAUGCAUGAAUGCGACCUGGAGAAGAUAGAAUAUAUCAGCUGUCUCAAAUCCUCUGGUAAUAACUCUGAAAAAUGUAGGCACCUCUCAAAAAAGUACCUCCAAUGUCGUAUGGAUAAGAACUUGAUGGCAAAACAAGACUUGUCAGAACUUGGAUUCAGAAAGGAAGCUGACACGGUAUCUUCUGAAGGGAAAAAUGAUCUGAGGAUUGAUUCUUGAAGCCCAUCACCAUUUGUUUUGAGAGCAUGACAGUAGUUUUGCAAAGUGGAAGACCAUUUCCCUAAUUUUGAUUAGUUGUUAAUUUUUUGUUCUUUUGAUACAAAACCAUGUAAAUGACCUAAGAAAUCUGAGGAUUACAAGCUUUUUACUGUGACAGCUAUGCUCAAAUUUAGGCUAGAAACUACAAGGGUAACCCUUUACUAUUUUCUUGAAUUUUCCCUGAUUUUUGUUUGGAUCCAGCAACAUUUUUGGAAAUUGUUAUAAAUAUGCAAAUAAAGGAUGCACUGAAGCCCAUACUCUGGGUUUUAAAUGGAAGUGAACUCUUUAUUCUUGUA